AUGAUUAUUUUGGUUAAAACUUCAACAGUAACCUUUUCAUUGGAUGUUAAUCCAGCUGAUAAGGUCACUGUAUUAAUAGGAAAAGUAUGCGAAAGAACAUCAAUGAGCGAUUUCCAAUUCAAUUUGGUAUUUGCUGGUGAACCAAUGGAUCCAAAUGCUACAAUUCAAUCACAUGGUAUUAAAAAAGAAGGUACAAUCCAUAUGCAAACUAUUAAAGAAUUAACUUUUGAUGUCGAAUAUAAUACUGUUGUUUUAAAAGUUACAAUUCCAAAUAAAAAAGAUUUAAAAGUUUUAGAAUUAAAAAGCCAUAUUUGUUCAGUAUUAUCAAAAAAUGAACCAGAUAUUUAUAAAUUACCAUUAGUAUUAUCACAAAGUGGUAAAACUUUAUUAGAUAGUGAUUUAGUUCAAAAUACUGUAAAGAGAAUGGAAACAUUAAUUUUAGAAAAAAAAGGAUCAAGUACUGGCACAAUAGAUGAAUCAACACCAGAAAAUCAAAAUUUAAUUCCAAUCAUUGACAAAGAAGAUAUUUUAUCACAUUUUGUUGGCAAUUCUAUUUCAAACGAUGUAGAGAUUGUUUUUUGUUUUGAUACUACCACCAGUAUGAAUGCUGUUAUCGUCGAAGUAAGAAAGAAACUCUUAGAGACCAUCACCCAUUUGAUGAAAGAAAUUCCAUUGAUCCGUAUUGGUAUUAUGGCUAUGGGUGAUUUUUGUGAAGAAAAACCACUCUAUACUUUGGAUCUUACCACUGAUGUAAAUAAGAUUGUCUCUUUUAUUAAUGGAGUUAAAUCAACUAAUGGUGGUGAUGAGCCAGAAUGCUACGAAUAUGCUCUUCAUAAAGCCAAGUUCUUAUCAUGGUCAUCUCAUACAAGUAAAGCUUUUGUUAUGAUUGGUGAUAGUCCACCACAUCCACCAUACUACACCAAUCACCACAUCAAUUGGGUCAGAGAAUGUGACGAUCUCGAAGCUUUAGGUAUUAAAAUUUAUGGAAUUGUAGCCAUCCACGAAAAGUAUCGUUAUUUCUAUCAAACUAUAAGUGAAAGAACCAACGGUUUAUGUAUUUUAUUCUCACGUUUCGAAUUAAUUACAGAAAUGUUUUUAGCCAUUUGUUUCAGAGAAGCUUCAUCAGCAAAAUAUGAACAAUAUAAAAAAGAAGCCAAAGAAAGAGGUGGUGAUAAAGAUUUAGAUGCUAUUUUCAAUGAUUUAGAUAAACCAAAUUUCGAUGUUGUUGAAGCAAACCCAGACGAUAUUGCCACACCAAAUACUACAACUGACGAAGCAUCAUCAUCUGUAACCAACACUACUGAUGAAAAUACCACUACUACCACCACUGAAGCACCAAAAAAACCAACAGCAGCUCCAGUUAAAAUGCCAAAACAUUAUGGUGUAUUAAAUGCUAAUUAUGAUAAAAAUGAAGCAUGGUGCAAUUUCUUGGACGAUGAUUUACCAAUGAAUGAGUCAUUCACAAAACCAAUGUUUGGUAGUCGUUAUAAACCAAAUGGUAAAAAAUCAUCAUACAAAGUUCCAACACUAGGUUUAGUAAUUGGUGAACGUCAUAUUGGUUUCAAAUCAUUCCUCAAAACUUUAAUUCUUAAAACCCUCAAAGAAGAAACCAAACUUUACUUUAACGAUUACCGUUUAGAUACACUCCACAGUAUUCCAUUCAACUCAUUAUUUAUUGCAACUUUUAAUGUUGCCGAUUCAAACUCGUUCAACCAAGUUCAAACUAAAAUAGAACAAGUUCAAAAACAAUUUGCAACUACUCCAAUUUAUUUAUUAGGUCUCCAAUCAGAUAAAAGAGAUUCAAAUACAAACACAGUUUCAGCAGCAUCUGAUGACAAAUCAUCAUCAACUCCAGAUGAAUCAUCCAAAUCAGCUCCUUCAACAAUUAGUUUGGUUGAAAAAUCAGAAAUUGAUAAUUUAUUAAGAAACAAAAAUUUAUUAGGUUAUUCAGAAUGUACUAUAAACAACCCAUCUUCAAUCACAAGUUUAGAAAAGAAAAUUUUAAAACUUUAUGAAUCAACAAAACAAUAA